GGACGGCGGGAUGGAGCCAAGAGCGGGGAGAAGAGGGGUCGGGGGCCGGAGCCGGAGCCGCAGGAGGCGGGGAAGAGGAGCCGAGCAGGUGAUGUUAGAUGCAGAGCCCAGCAGGACUGUGCGUCAGCCGAGGCAAGAACUUUCCACCUCCCGGAACAAACAUAGGGCACCAGUUUCCUGCCUGCCAUGGAGAGCCAAAGAACCACCAUCCUCCACGAGACAGUCAGCUAUGCCCCCCACCCCCUGCCAGCAAGGCAGUUUGAUCGGAACACCACGGAGCCGAUCAGCUUCUACCUGUCCAGCCUGGAGGAGCUGCUGGCAUGGAAACCCACCAGUGACGAUGACUUCAACGUUGCCACGAUGCCACUGGCUAACCGGGAACCUCCGCUCCACAGCAAAAGACCCCGCACGCUGGUGUGCCACGACAUGAAGAACGGGUACCUGGAGGACAGGUUCAUCCAGGGCUCGGCUUCGCGGGACCCCUACGUGUUCUACCACUGGCAGUACAUCGACAUCUUCGUGUACUUCAGCCACCACCCCGUGACCAUCCCCCCCGUCACCUGGACCAACGCUGCCCACAGGAACGGCGUCUCUGUGCUGGGGACGUUCAUCACGGAGUGGACGAGCGGGGGCCAGCUGUGUGAGGCGUUCCUGGCUGGGGAGGCAGCCGCGUACCAUGCCGUGGCUGUGCAGCUGGGCCGCAUCGCCCAUUUCUACCGCUUUGACGGCUGGCUGGUCAACAUCGAGAACACCCUGAGCGAGGCAGCCGCACGGAACCUGCCCCUCUUCCUGCGUGACCUGCGGGAGCAGCUGCGUCGGGACGUGCCCGGCGGGCUGGUGCUCUGGUACGACAGCGUCUUGCAGAGCGGGGAGCUGAAGUGGCAGAAUGAGCUGAAUGAGAAGAACAGGGUGUUCUUUGACGCCUGCGACGGCUUGUUCACGAACUACAACUGGAAGGAGGAGCACCUGGAGCGCAUGGGGGCGCAGGCCGGGGAGCGCCUGGCUGACGUCUACGUGGGCAUCGACGUCUUUGCCCGCGGGGAGGUCGUAGGCGGUGGCUUUGAGACAGACAAGGCUCUGCGCCUGAUCCGCAAGCACGGCUUUUCAGCUGCCAUCUUCGCCCCCGGCUGGGUCUAUGAGCACCUGGGGAAGGAGAACUUCCUGCAGAACGAGAACAGGUUCUGGGGUUUGCUGGCGGAGCUGCUGCCCACUCACAGCAUCAGCACUCUGCCCUUCAGCACCUGCUUCUGCCUGGGCAUGGGCACGGGGAGAUUCUCGGCUGGGCAGGAGGAAGAAGUCAGGCCUUGGUACAACCUGAGUGCCCAGGAGAUCCAGCCCCUCUUCACGGACCAGCAAGCGCCAGGAGGGGCAGGCAGCUGGCUGCGCACACGCUGCUCCCUGCAGGACGCCUGGAACGGGGGCAGCUGCCUGCUGAUCGAGGGGAUCAUCCCGCCUGAGGCAGGCCACGUGGCUGUCCGCCUUUUCUCUUUCCAGCUGCCAGCUCCCCCCAAGCUCUUCCUGUCUCUGCUGUACAAACUGGAGGAGAAGCUGCCCGAGGUGGCGGUCGCGCUGGAACUCACCACACGGGACUCUGGCUCCUGCCAUGUUGGCAACGUCACUGCCCUGCCGGGGCCGGUCACCCGACAUCAGCCUCAGCCCCUCCCCACCCUGCCCCCUCACCUCUCCGGGCGGCUCAGCGGCUGUGGACAGCAGAGCACGGCAGGUUGGAUGAGGCGGUGCUACAAACUGGAGCUGCGGGACUGCGCCCUGCACGAGCUGUCGCUGAUCCUGUCACGCCACCAGCCAGGCCUGCAAAGGAGGCGCUUCUCCUGCCGCCUUGGGGAGAUCCAGGUGCUGGAUGCUGACGGCCUGCACUCCUCGCUGCCCCCAGUGCCCAGCCUCCAGGCCUCCCAGGUGCUGUGGCACAAGGGCCCUGGCGCAGACCAGCUCUCCCUCAGCCUCACCUUGCACUGGUCCUACCCCCACAGCCAAGCCCGCUGCUUCCGGAUCCACUGCCAGGGCCGGGAGCUGCCCCAGCCAGCGCAGCUGCAGCUCCUCGGGGUGGCACACGCCACCCUGUACCGGGUGGUGGGCUUGGCAGUGCCAGAGGUGCCCCCCAAGGAGUCCUGCCGUGUGGAGUUCUUCGUGGAGCCGGUUCUGAACGAAGGGGUUGCCGUGGAUCGGUCCAGGUGGGGGCGGCUGGUUCUGGUCUAUUCCGACCCAGCCAGCACCAGCACCUAUUAAAUGUGACCUUUGGCACAGUGCCAGGGAUCUCAGCCUUCUAGCUGGGCAUUCCUGGGGGAGUGCAGGGCUGGCCUGGGGGGCUGCGGGCAGGAUGGAGGGGCAGCGGCAGAGCUGGGGGGUGCUCUGGACAGGAAUAGCAGAGAUCAUGGGUAGCCCCGACCAGGCCAGGACCCUGGUUCCUCUCCAAUCUUGUCCCAUUGGAAUGGCACCUUCUGCCCCGCACAGCCUGGGGUGAGCCACGGGGGGGCAGCAGAGUCCCCCGCUAGCCGCUGGGGAGCCCAGGGAGCUGGAGCUGCUGUGCAGCGAGGUGGGGCCCUGGGCGGGCCACUGUCCUGCACUGCUGCACUCACCUCCUGCUCCGUUCACACUGACUGCUCCUGGCACCUGCUGCUCAACCGUAGGGAUCCCUCUGUGGCCUGGCCCUGUGCUGCAGGCCUGGGCGCUCGUCCCACUCUUCCUGUGUGGGGUAGGAGGAGGGAGACUGCCCCUCGGCUGGUCAGGUGGCUACCAGGGCACGGCCCUGCAUGUAGAAAACACACAGCAGCCAGGGCUGCUGCCCCACCUUCCUGCUCCUUUGCACCCCCGGCCUGGUGGGUGUCCAGCGAGUCCUGGAAGAGCUCAGAGCCAGCAGUGGCUCUGGGUCCCUCAGCCCCCAAAGGCCCAGGCUUUCCCACACUUCAGUUCUCUGCGCGGCUGGACUCCAGGAAGGGCAGGGCCGAGCCUGCCGGGCAAGGCCUGCCCACAUUUUGGCACCUGAGGUGGAGCUCAUGCCCCUUUGCUUGGGCCAAAACUUUGAAAGGUCUCAAUUCUGCCUUCUUCCUGUUCUACUCCUCUCAUGGUGCUGCUCUGCUACCUACCCCAAGAAAGGAGAACUAGCAACUUAAAAUGGCUUGUUCCAAAAUUUUGGAACAACACUUAAUUUUCAAACGCCUGAACAGCAAAUGUAACUUUUCUUGUCUGCAUAGUAAACACUGGCAUUUGUAUCUGUCUGAAUAAUCAAAGUGCUGCUU